AAAUUACUCUUCGACACUGAACAUUUCAUCGAGUCUUCAACUCUCUCACAACUUCGACAGCGAUUCUCUCACCGGAGAUACGAGCAAGUAUGGCGGCGACGAGAUUUCAACUGUACGUUUUUCUCCUCUGCAGUUUGGCCGUGAUCGGAACCCUAGCUCUUGCUCAGGCCAAAUCCCAGGAAAAUCUGAAAGAAGUAACUCACAAAGUUUACUUUGAUGUUGAGAUAGAUGGUAAACCUGCCGGUCGUGUUGUUAUGGGUCUCUUUGGUAAAACAGUUCCUAAAACAGCAGAGAACUUCAGAGCAUUGUGCACAGGGGAAAAGGGAGUUGGAAAGAGUGGCAAGCCUCUUCAUUUCAAGGGGAGCAAAUUCCAUCGAAUAAUCCCCAGCUUCAUGAUUCAAGGUGGUGAUUUCACCCUUGGUGAUGGGCGUGGAGGGGAAUCUAUUUAUGGUGAAAAGUUUGCAGAUGAAAAUUUCAAGAUCAAGCACACUGGACCUGGGCUAUUGUCAAUGGCAAAUGCUGGUUCUGACACCAAUGGUUCACAAUUCUUCAUCACAACUGUCACAACUACCUGGUUGGACGGUCGACAUGUGGUCUUUGGAAAGGUGUUGUCUGGAAUGGAUGUCGUUUACAAGAUGGAAGCUGAAGGAAGACAAAGUGGAACACCUAAAAGCACAGUUACCAUUGCAGACAGCGGUGAACUUCCUCUGUAAUAGGUUCUGAUAUGUGUUCUCCACAAUAAUCUAAGGUCGUUUUAGCUGCGAAUUAAAGUGGACAGUGUUUCUAACUUUUUAUCAACCCACGGUUUGUCGUGAUAUAUUAUUAGCACUGAAAGGGGAAAUUGGGUGAAGGAAUGAACAGGAUACAGGCCGAGUGACAGUGGCUCACGUUCAAUUUAUGUCAUCAAUAUGUAGUU